AUGGAAAUCAGAACGCCUCCUUAUUUCACUGAUCAACAUGUUCCUCAUCGGCUUUCUGAUGAAGAUUCACUUCAAUGGGGUCAAUGUUUACCUCCAUCGCCUCCGAAUCUUACUCCUCGUUUUAUUCGUAAUUAUUCAAGUUCCUUUGCAAGACGAGGUCGUCGUAAUUCUGUCAGUGCCGAAUCAAUCAGACCUUCAGACGAUCCUAAUGAUCGUACGAUUCAUCCAAAAUCUGAAGAGGUGAGAAAACGUAUCAACGUCGCUACUACCUUGAACUUGCUUUUCAAGUAUUUGGAUCGUGAAACUAAAGAACAAGUAAUAGAUGCCAUGUUUGAAAAAAUCGUUCACAAAAACGAAACUAUUAUUACCCAAGGUGAAGAAGGUGAUAACUUUUACGUAAUCGAACAUGGCAUAUUUGAAAUUUUUGUCGAUGAUAAAUUAGUUCUGGUAGUCGCUGACGGUGGUAGUUUUGGUGAAUUGGCAUUAAUGUAUAAUAAUCCUAGAGCCGCUACUGUUAAGGCAAAAACUGAUGGUAUUUUAUGGGCUGUAAGCAGAGAUGACUUUAGGAGAACUAUUACAAAUGCCAUGAAUCGUCAACGAAAAACCUACGAAAGGUUUAUAAGAUCGGUUUCGUUCCUUUCUUCUUUAAAUAAAUCCGAGAUUACUAAGCUUGCAGAAGCUUUAGAACCUUUCAAUUAUGAAGGUGGUGAUACGAUCAUCACUCAAGGCGAACCUGGUGAAUAUUUUUACAUCAUCGAACAAGGCUAUGUGAGUGUAUGUAAAGUCGAAGAGAAUGGUAUCGAACAACAGUUACCAAACCUUGGUCCGGGAGAUUAUUUUGGGGUAGAACUCGCUCUCCUUAAUGAUCAACCUCGUAAAGCCACUGUUGUUGCACGAAGCCCUGUUCGAGUCGCCGCCCUAAAACGUGAAGCUUUCGUUCGUCUUUUGGGUUCUGUUAUGGAUAUUUUCCGUAGAAAUGCCCAAGGAUACAAUAUGAAUACUGAAAGUAAUAAUUAUUCUCAAUAUGAUAAAUCUUAUUCUCCUGUUCCCGAGCGUUCGGAUCCAACUUCAGGAGAAAAUAGCAUACAAAGUCACGGUAGUGGUGACGAAAAUAUGGCCGUGGAUGCUAUGGAUGAGGAUUAUACUUCACCUGCCUCUACCAAUUCAACACAUACCACUGUUAAAAAAUGUGGAUACAGUGGGGCUGGUGGUGUUGAUGUAUUGUAA